GCUAGAGUGCGCGGCUGCAGUAUAAAUUCUCCCGGGAAGACGAAGCCCAAGCCCGCACCAGUCACCGGAGCCUCGCUCACCUUCCCAAUCAAUCGCAGUCCCUCGCGAUUCGACACAGAGCAUUCUCCACGACCCAAUCCAAGGGCCGGGCCGAGCAAGCGAGAAGCAGACGACGCCUCAGUCCACACCGCGCACUAGGGAGAUGGCCGCCGCCGCCUCGCUCGCACUGCUCGAUCGGACGCUGCCGUUCCCCAACGCCGCGGGGUUCGGCGACUCCGACCGCCUCAGCCAGGAGAUCUUCUCCAUCCUCGAGUCCAAGUUCCUCUUCGGCGCGCCGCCGCUGGAGGGGGCGUGCUUCGGCGCCGGCCUCGUGCGCGUGCUCUCCAUCGAUGGGGGCGCGGACGGAGGCGCGCUCGCCGCGGCCGCGCUGGUCCACCUCGAGCGCCGGCUCCAGGAGCUCUCAGGCAACCCCGCCGCGCGCGUCGCUGACUUCUUUGACCUGGCAGCCGGCUCUGGCUCCGGGGGCUUCCUCGCGGCGGCGCUCUUCGCGUGCCAGAUGCCCGCCGAGGCGGCGCGCGACGUUGUUGUCAAGAACAGGAAGGUGCUGUCCGGCCGCGGCGGGCGCGGCGGGCUGUUCCGGCGCCCAGAGGCGGUGUUCAAGAAGGUGUUCGGGGACCUCACAGUGCGGGACGCCGCCAAGCCGCUGCUGAUACCCUGCUACGACAUGGCCACCGCGGCGCCAUUCGUGUUCUCCCGCGCCGACGCCGUCGAGGCCGAGGCGUUCGACUUCCCGCUGUGGCAGGUCUGCGCGGCGGCAUGCGGGGUGGGGCCCGCGGAGGUGGCGUCCCUCGACGGCCAUACCAGGCUGCGUGCCGCGACGGGCGCCGGCGGAGGCGGUGCCUCGGCUGCAGUGGCCAACCCGACGGCCGUGGCCGUCACGCACGUGCUCCACAACAAGCGCGAGUUCCCCUUCGCCGCGGGAACGGGCGACCUCGUCGUGCUGUCCCUCGGCGGGAGCGCCGCGGGCUCGGUCGUCCUCCCCUCAGCCUCUAGCCUCCUGCAUAUCGCCGGAGCUUGCCAAGCCGACAUGGUGGACCAAGCCGUCUCAAUGGCGUUCGGAGAUAGAAGAGCUACCAACUACAUCCGCAUCCAGGGCAACGGCAUUGCGGCAGGAGAGACGGCGGAGGCGGCGCUGACGGAGCGGGGCGUGGAGUCCGUGCUGUUCCGCGGCAAGAAGCUGAUGGCGCAGACCAACGGCGAGCGCCUCGACGGCGUGGCCGAGCAGCUGGUCCAGGAGCACCACCGGAGGCUCGAGAGCAAGGCGCCGGCGGUGCUCGUGAAGCCGUCGGCGACGCCACGGACGUCGUCGUCGGCGGCGUCCACGCUGAUCACCGUCUCCACCAACUCCUCCUCGGAAUCGCCUUAACUAGCUUGGCCUUCUUUUUUAUUUAUUCGUUUGUUGGCUUCUAGUUAGCGCUGCGCCGGCGCUCGGGUUUUGAUUGCCUGCCGGCGCCGCCGGGCGCUCGCUCCCGGUCCCGGCCGCGGCCGCCGCCGACGGCGAUUGGCGUGCGGCCGGGAAGAAAGAGGAGGGUUGUCGAGUGACAAUAUCGAUCAGAGGUUUUCUAGCUAGGAAAUGCACGCUGCGUGGACAGCGAGACUGGUGUGUGUGCCGUGUGCGUGUGCUUCAAAUGCAAUGCACGCACGUACGUAGAUUGUCCGGAGCUUGGAUUGCAAUGUAAUGCUAUCGGUGUGGCGUUAACUGAUGACAACCGUUAUUGUCCUUCAAAUUCACCAAAAGCAUAUCACUCAUGAACUCCUUCAAAUUCGCUCUAUGGUUGCGCACAUUUAGUUGUGCAGCCUUGGACAAAUCAACUCCGAACAACAAUUGAAACAACUAAUG